GCUUCAUCAUUCUUUGCGCUUUGACGAUGCGUUGCGGAAUGAGAGGAAGGACGAUGACCCUGACGAAGACAGCGAAUCUCAUCACUGCACUAGUUUUUGUUUUCCAGUUACAAAUAAGCUUCACGAAGCUUAAAUCUGCUUAUGGAGUCUUCCGUCCUGACACACAGGGGCUGUCUCCUCCAGAGGCUCGGCCUUAUGACGUCUCAGGGACCAACCGGCCCAGGGAGAGGAGCCCCAGGUCCGGGGCCCCCGGCUGGGCUGCAGAUAAGAGGGGCCACUACAGGGACCAGCACCAACCAGAGGACUCGGAUCCAGACCUGCUUUUGGACGAGGGGCACAACAAUUCUACACAGAUUGUGGACAUCGAUCAUGCUUAUUAUACAUCUAAACUGUACGGUUCUGGAGACGCAGCCAGUAAAGAGCUGUGGGUGAACGUGGACCAGGUCCAAGAGGAGUGGAAGGUCUGCGGCUCUCUGUCCAGCACCUACAGACAGGCUGAGAGAGUGAAUCUUUCCUUCGACUUCCCUUUCUAUGGACAUAUGCUAAAAGAAAUCACAGUGGCAACUGGAGGAUUCAUUUACACCGGAGAAAUACUUCACCGGAUGCUCACGGCCACUCAGUACAUCGCCCCUCUCAUGGCCAAUCUGGACCCGAGCCUGUCCAAGAACUCGACUGUGUUUUACUUUGACAACGGCACGGCGCUGGUGGUUCAGUGGAACCGGAUUCCCCUCCAGGACAACGUCAGUCUGGGAACCUUCACCUUCCAGGCCGUUCUGCACAGCGAUGGGCGUAUCGUCUUUGCAUACAAAGAGAUUCCUUUCGACAUCAACGACAUCAGCACAGAGAACCAUCCUGUCAAAGUGGGUCUGUCCGAUGCUUUUGUCGUUCUUCAUGAGAUCCAGCAGAUCCCCAAUGUUCGGAGGAGAACUAUUUAUGAAUACCACAAAGUCGACAUCCUCAAGUCCAAAAUCGCGAAUUCUUCGGCUGUGGAGAUAAUACCGCUCCCGACAUGCCUCCAGUUCUCCAGCUGUGGUCCAUGUGUCGCUUCUCAGAUCGGCUUUAACUGCAGCUGGUGCAGUCGGCUACGAAGAUGCUCCAGCGGCUUUGAUCGUAACCGGCAAGAUUGGGUCGACUUCGGCUGCCCGGAGGAGAGACGAGAUCUCCGGUGUCUCGGAGCAACCGACGCCACCAACGCCACAUCCCGCCGCCACCUCGCACAGACGGCCGCUCCCGUGACCACGACCGCGAAGCAGCGGAGGUCGUCCGGCAUGACCUCUGAGCCCCCCGGCAGGACGUCCUCCGUCACCAACCCCUCAACACGCCGCAGCACAGCCAGGAGGACGAUAUCCAGCGCACCGCCUCCGACCAGCAGCGCUGCAGACGAUGACUCAAAGAUCUCUUUGAACAUCAAUGAAGCACCAGCGGAGGAGACAAAAGGAGAGCGGGAAGAGCAGCCGCAGGCCGGUCUACUCGCCGGCAUCGUCAUGGUGAUGGUCAUCAUGGGAGCAGCCGUCCUUGUGUCCGUCUACGUGUACAACCACCCCACCUCCAGUGUCAGCCUCUUCUUCAUGGAGCGGCGGCCGACUCGCUGGCCGAUCAUGAAGUUCCGGCGCGGCUCCAGUCGCCCGACUUACAGCGAGGUGGAGGCUCCGGGUCAGGACGGCGCGGCGGUCAUCGACCCCAAACAGUCCUUCGUCAUGUCGGACAGAAGAGAGAGUGAACAGAAAGAAGGAUUCAUAGUUCCUGACCAGAGGGAGCGCUUCCUCGUCUCAGAGAGCUGACCAGAACUACAUAUCCCAGGAGGCUUUGCAACAAAGCAGGACCUCGAUGUGAGGGAGACUAUUUUCCAUUCAGCUGCUGCUCAAGUUCCUUUUAAGGAUAGAAUUUGAGUUUUCAGAGAGGAAGACACCAAACCUCUAUGAGGAACCCGUUUGGCACCAGCUGAGUGAGCCAAGCUCGAUGUAAAAACUAUAAAAUAAAAUGUACUUUGCUCAGGUCACUCGUUUGUUUACAGCGCCGCAGCUGAAUGUUUGUUUUGAGAGCUUUUCCUCGGAGCGCUGUGACGUGUUGUUCCCACACCUCCUUCACGGAG